GUGGCUGUGCUUUGACAGAAACGCGGAACCAUGAGGGUCUACAAGGCGAUCAAAUACCUGCUCUUUGCCUUCAACUUUCUGUUCUUCGUGGGCGGAAUCACUAUUCUUUGUUUGUUCACGCACAUCCAGAGGAACCAGGCGGAUUACCGGGUCACUGAUGAAAUCGUCCCGGCCAUAAACCUCCUGGUGGUCAUCGGCGGCGUCACUCUGGUUUUCGGCUUCCUGGGCUGCUGCGGGGCGAUCCGGGAGAACCGGUGCCUGCUGGCGCUGUUCUUCCUGGGCCUGCUCUCCAUGUUCGUCAUGCUGCUGGCCGUGGGCGCGUUGGGAGCCAUCACGAGAACGGAAGCCGCGCAGGAGCUCGUGAAGGAGCGCAUGAGGCACGUGCUGCCGCUGAGCGAACAACCGCGGGAUGUUCGGGAGUCGUUUCAGGAGGUGCAGAGGAACGGCUUCUGCUGCGGGCUCUUCGUUGGAUAUCUCGACUGGGGAAACUCCACGGUCGUGCCCGACUCUUGCAACUGCACCGACAGCUCCAGGAACUGCACGUUUCUGCGGGACGGACGCAAGGUUUACUCCACGCCGUGCAUGACCUACAUCAUGACGUGGAUGGACAGAGUCUCCUACUCGCUCUUGGGAACCGCGAUUGGUUUUGGCAUCUUGAUGGUGCUGGGCAUGGUCUUCUCGUCGGUCCUGUGUUGCCAGAUUGUGGGUAGAAAAGGCAGCAUCAUUUAAAAGUUUGCUCCAAAGGCCUGAAGUUCACAGGACUCGACUGAAGGACACUCAUGUUUUUGUAGCAUUUUUUCUGAGCUCAGUCUCUUUGUAAAUAGUUGCUUCCCCUUUUCUACUUGUUUUUACAGCAUGUUUUUGUAAAUUUUACCCUUGAACUGCAUUUUUUUUUUUUUUUUCUGCUUUACUUUUUUGUAAAUUUGUUUUCUAAAAAUGGAAAAUACAGCUUUUACUUCAAAUACAGUUUUGAUUUACUU